CUUAAAAAUUGUGCUGUGUUAAGUGAAGUGUAAUACCGCUAGGAAAGGUCGAGUGUCAGGAGCAUCGCAGAGCACAUCGGGUGCUGCUCCUGAUAGUCAUUCGUACACCGGUACGCUGAACUUUCCGUUUAUUAAGACUGAAAACUCGACUUCGGGCCUUAAAUAACUUCUCUAUGGAGAAUUACACAAGAUAGUUGAAAAAUGCAAUUUGUGCUUCAACUUUCGUGUUCCGCACCGCGCCGCAGAUUGCAAGACCGCUCAAGAUUGCCGAAAAUGUGGUCAACGUCACCACAUGUCCAUCCAUUUUGGAUGCACCAACGAAACCAGCUUCACCGCAGUCUACAUCUUCCGCACAGAUCCGCUUUCCGCUCAAGUAUUGCUAGCUACCGCCUUAGUCCAGGUACGCCCGCAUCAUGGUAAUCCAAUCACCGCCAGAGUGUUGAUUGAUCAAGGUUCAGAGCUCUCAUUUAUGAGACAGUCGCUCUUCAAGAAGCUUGGACAACCGCUACAGCGUGACAUGGUCAUGCUCAAGGGCAUUGGCAAUGUCUCCGCAGGAAGCUCACUAGGUGUGAGCACAAUUGAGCUUCGUUCGCUGUGUACGACCGCAUCAAUGCAUGUCAGCAUGCAUAUUCUACCAACACUGACGGUAGAUCUUCCAUCGUUCGUGAUCGCUGAUCCGAAAUGGCCGCAUCUUGAGAAUCUCAAGCUCGCUGACCCGCAGUAUCUACAGCCACGCCCUGUAGAUAUUAUUCUAGGUGCAUCACCAGCCGCACAGAUCAUGAACGCAGAGAUUCAACGAGGACCUCGCAAUGCUCCUAUUGCACAAUCCACCACGCUUGGUUGGAUUGUCUAUGGGGCUGUCACCGCUAAACACGCUUCAACAUCACACGCAGCACUACAUGCGUCAGUAGAUACUGAAUUACAAGACGCUAUCGCUAAGUUUUGGGAACAGGAAGAAGUUCCAUCAGGAAAUUCACCGCUCAACACCGCUGAAGAAGACGAAUGUGAAAUUCACUUUCGUCAAACGCAUUAUCGACAGCCUGAUGGACGCUACGUAGUGAGAUUACCGCUUAAGGCCCUUGAGAGUCAACUUGGCGACUCUAUCAACGCAGCUAUGGGGUCACUCCGCAGAUUAAUAACUCGCUUGUCGCGAGAAAGAGAAUAUUCUGACAUGUAUCGUGUAUUCAUGGCAGAAUACACUCAACUAAGACACAUGGUACGAGUACCAGUCAACGAAUUGCCCGCAAACGCUUAUUUCUUGCCUCACCAUGGGGUAUUGAAGCUUGAUAGUGCCACUACGAAGCUCCGCACAGUGUUCAAUGGUUCCUGUGCAACAUCUACAGAAAUUUCAUUGAACGACAUUCUCCACGCAGGACCCAAAACGCAAAUUGACAUUUUUGAUGUGAUGUUGAGAAUCCGUUGCAGCAGGAUUCUAUUCGCUACUGACAUCACCAAGAUGUUCAGACAGAUUGAGGUCGACUCGCUUGAUUGGCCGCUUCAGUGCAUUCUCUGGAUAGAUGAGAAUGACUUAAUAGACGCUUACUGUCUCAAGACAGUCACAUACGGAACCGCUAGUGCACCUUUUGACGCUGUACGUGUGCUUAUCCAACUAGUAAAGGAUGAAGGACACCGCUUUCCGCUAGCUGUUGCUCCAAUGUUGAAAACACGCUACGUAGAUGAUAUCUACGGUGGAGCAGACAACGAAGAAGACGCUAUCAAGGCUGCAGUACAAACAAAAGCUCUGUGUGCAGCAGGCUGCUUCCCGCUUGCCAAAUGGGCUAGCAAUAGCCCACGGUUACUCGCUGAAGUCGCUCCAGAAAAGCAGCUGGAUACACCGCUUAAAGAAAUCAGUGAUGCACCAGUAAAAGUCCUGGGCAUGUACUGGAAUUCACACACUGACGCUCUCCAGUUCAAGUACACGCUACCGCCAGAUACGCCUAAGACAAAGAGAGCUAUUUUGUCUGAAAUCGCUAAACUGUAUGACCCGCUAGGACUUCUCGCACCAAUAGUCGUCAAAGCCAAGAUCUUUAUGCAAGAUCUGUGA